UCUCCUCUUCGCUAGUUCUCACAACAAGCAAAUUCAUCAAUCUUGCAAAGUAGAUUACUAGCUCCCAGGAUCAAACGUUCCCCGUCCAACAAUGGCCUCUCACUAUUCUUGCUUCCUCUUGGCUUUGCUUGUUAGCUUAGCAACCCUAAACACGAGCCUCGCGGCUCGCCGUCUUUUAGACACUCCUGCGCCCGAAUCCGCACCGGUUGUACCAACCCUGCCUUCGAUACCGACGCUUCCAAAGCCGACGAUUCCGACCGAACUGCCACCAAUGCCGUCCAUUCCGAUCAUUCCGUUGCCGAAGCUUGCGGCCCCGCCCAUGCCUGAGAUCCCGAUCACUUUGCCCACUGAAUUGCCUCCGAUGCCUGCCAUUCCCACCAUACCUUCUAUUCCAUUGAGCAUUCCUCCGAUGCCUUCGAUUCCGACGACGAUUCCGUCCAUCCCCGGCGUUCAUCUUCCUCCAAUUCCCUUCUUAUCCCCGCCUCCCGCGACCACUAGCCCAUGAAGGGGAGAGCUUUCUCGUUUGGUUAUGUAAUAGUGUGAUGGUGUUGUUUUUAUAGUGAGAGAGGGGAUUAUUGUUGUUGCUUGGUGCUAUAAUACUAUUAGUACGUAUGUUUCAGCUCGGUUUGUAUUUUGUGAGGAUUGUAAUUUUAUGCGCCUGAGCUUGUCAGUGCGCCUGUCCACGUACGUAUCUGUACUUCUAUUAUACUUUUGUUAGUGUUCUGUUCGUAUUCGUACAAGCUA